AUGGACCCAAACCACCCCUUCAUCGCCUCCUGGACCGCCACGCCCAUCCCCAACCUCUCCCUCUCCGCAGGCGGCCUCCUCGCCCUCGCAGACCUCAACACCAUCGCCCAGCGCACCGCCAUCGCCGGCGGCUCUUCCUGGCUGGAUGCCUUUGUGCUCGCGCCGGGCCUGCACUACCAGCAGGCGGCGGACUCGCUAACGCCCGAGUAUGGCGCCGGCAGGCCGGUGCUGUCAAUGGCGCUGGACGGCGGGAAGCACUACGUUGUUAAUAACGUGGCCAUGGUCAAGUAUCUACGGCGGCUGUGGGAGCGGCAGGGCAAGUACGGCGUUGUGACGCUGUAUGUGGAGAUGGACCCGGGUGAAGGGGAUAAUACGAGGAGGAGGUGGCAGAGGAGGCAGCAGCGCGGGCUGAGGAAGUUGCGGGAGAUUGAUCACGAGAGCCAUGUGAGGGAGGUGCUGGAGAUGGACUGGGUGAGCCAUGUGCUGUACCUGCUGAGUCCGCUGCUGACGGUGUCGGCGAUUGUGUUUAUGGUGUUGCUGCAGGACUGGUGGGGGCUGGGCUUCAUCAUUGCGCUCAUGGUGUCGCGGCUGGCGAAUAUCUGGGCCAUCAAGGAGCGUUCGCGACCUGCUACGCCGCCUGCGCCUCUUACACCUAGGGAGGACACGGGCAUGACGGAGUACACCAUCGACUGGGGCCAGAACCGGCGCGUCGUGCUCAAGGGCCUGGACGCCGACCUGCGCGCCGUGACGACGGAGACGUGGCUGCGGGCCAAGACGACGCUGGAGGGCUAUCUCGAGGCAAUGUCCAAGCUCAUCGUGUACAUGGUGGCCUCGCUGAGCGGCAACCUCUCGCAGGCGGGCGCCAUUGUGCUCAUGGCGCUGCUGCUCGUCAGCGCGGGUCUUUUGGGCCUGAGCAAUGCUCACUCGACGAGCUUGCAGAUGCAUGGCCGG